AAAAGGGAACACGCCCGGAGUACAUCUUUGGAUAUACUGCAAGUACGAACGAGUCUUGCACUUUUGUAUGCAGUCGUGUUUAUAUGUAAUCGCUUUGCCGGUAUCAAAUUUCAUUUCAUUGUGCACAUUAUACAGCCAUGUUACAUGAAAGAUCGCGUUACUUCUUAAAUCUUAAUUACAUUUGUCAUUUAUUAUUUUGUCCUAAUUAACGUUGCCUUCAUUCAUUGGCCGACAUAACCUAUCAGCUGAUUACUGAACAUCGUCCGUUUGUUCUAUUGGCAGCUAUAAUUCAUAGAGUCGUAUCCGUGUCAUUUUUCAUCAAGAUUUGAUUCCGUCCACGUGAAUCUCAGCGUACGUUCAAGCUUCUGCCGUUUCGAAAGUAUGCUCGAACAAAAAUCGGGAAAGAAUUGCACGAGCUGGAACGUAGGUUAGACCACUCUGCGAGUACCGUAGAAUACGAUAAAGUUUUAGUCGAUUUCAAACGUGAUGGAUGUGGAAAAGAUUGCAAUGUUUGCCGGCGUGGGCUUUGCUAUCGCUGUUGGCCUCUUCGUCUUAUGGGGCCCAUCACCUAAACCCAGAAAAAAAGGUCAAGUUGUUGGGAUCAACAAUUUGGGAUAUACCUGUUUCCUAAAUUCUCUUUUGCAAGCACUAGCUGCUUGUCCUACAUUUAUCCUUUGGCUUCAGAAACAACAGGAGAAGGACAGAAGCUUUACUAAUACAUUGUUCUCCGUUCUCAGGAAAAUCAACGGUUUUGCCGACGAUUUAUAUGGCAACGUGACGCCUAUCGAAAUUAUUUCUUCCAUUGGUUCCUUGUGGAAUUUUGGUCCUGGUCAUCAAGACGCCCACGAAUUGUUCCAUGUGAUUUUAAGUGCAUUAGAUGCUGAAAUACAGCCAAUAAACAGGAAAGGCUGUUUGUCCGACGCACUGCCCCCUAGUCCAACCGUGAAAUGUGACGCGAGAGGAGUGGGCGAUGUGCUCAGAAGCGCGUCCUGCAAUGACAUCGCUUCAGCAAAGAACAAUACCGUUGCUCCAAAGGGUUUUGACAAAAACUGUAACAAUCAGAUGGUAACUUCGACCUCGUCAGUAUCGAGUAUGUCUCCGAGUUCAUGUAGACCCGGCAUGAUUCUCGCUAGAUCCUCGGAGUUGCUCUCGCGAAACGUUCAGAGCAACGGUGACUGCAAGAGCCCCUUUAGAUCAUGGAAAUCCCUGUGCUCCAUGCCGUUCGUCAACAUUCCUUCAGUGGAAACCCAUCUGUUCUCGGGUCUGAUCACCAGCCAGUUUCAGUGCAGUGGUUGUCUGUGGAAGUCUUCAGUGCGCUACGACAAACUCGAGACAUUGUCGUUACCUUUACCACCGCUCACUUCGUUAUUCGUGCCACAACAUUAUACUCUGGAGUGGUUGCUCUCGCGUUUCGUGGACAGCGAGAUCGUAAAUGACGUGCAGUGCGACGGAUGUUCAUUGCGUUGCGCCGCUAUCAAGACUCUUACUCUCGGCAAACUGCCCAAAUGCUUAUGCCUGCAUAUCCCGAGGACCACGUGGAGCUCCUCUGGCGUACUGAUUAAAAGGGAUGAUCAAAUCACAUUCCCCGAAAUUCUGGUGCUAGAUCCAUACACUUAUACGGAGACGAAGAAAAGAAGCGCGCAGGGUGACGUGAAAUCCGUUGAGCGCAACGAGUAUCUCAUGACAAUACAGGGUAAACACAAGUAUCGGCUGUGCGCAGUGAUCGAACAUCGCGGCCCAGUGGAUUCCGGCCACUUCGUUUGCUUUAGACGCGGAAACAGAGUGAAUCAAUGGCUGUAUACAUCCGACAUCGUCGUCGAGAGUGUAUCCUUGACGCAGGUGCUAUUCGCUAGCCCAUACCUGCUCUUCUACGAGCGCAUGAGCGAUAUUAAUCCUAGCUAGGAACAAAUUUUCGAAAUGAUAGGAUAUUACGGAAUUAGCGAUCGAUCUGUUCUCUUUAACUGCGCUUCCUCGGCAUUUCUACUAUCGCUUUAAAGUGGCGGUAUCAAAGUGAAGAGUACGUAGAAUCACGCGUAAAGAAAUGUGGAAAAAAGCGCGCGCAGUUGAAAUUGACGGACGUAAACAUUUACGGAACAUUACGGCGGGAGACUGUCGAAUCUUCCAUAAUCAGUUUGACAUCGCUCGAUGUUGCGAUGUUAAUUUUGCGAUAAUACUUCGCAAUAAUUGGAGACUGCGUGUCUCUAGGUGACGUUACGUAGCAAAGUGUAUCGAACAUGUAAUCCGAUUUCAAGAGCACUUCAUUAGUGACGAGCGCGGUAAUAAUUGCCAUUAUUAGACGCUGACGGACCUGGCGGAGUAGUUAGUUUCGUGAAGGAAGAGUCUUGCUUCUGAUACAUAUAGUGAUAGGUUUCUACCGAAGGAGACUGUCAAUUCUCUUACUUAAUCAAUUUGUCGUCAUUAAACUUUAUUUUAACGAGGACUGGAAUCGUGCCAAUGUAUAAAAGAUUCUUCGAGUUAAAUUUAUUCAGGGAUUAAAGGGGACUGCGAAUCUUGUUAUUUUUUUUAUUAUGUUUAUAUCUGCGGCAUGUAUACGCGUGUAAUUGUUAAAAAUAUUACUAAAAUUAAAGACUGUAUCAGAUAUUUGUUGUCAUCAUUUUUGUUUCUGGUUAGCAUAAGUAAAUGUGCGAGAUACCAGAAUAAAUUUACUUUAGGAACUAAAUACGCGUAACGUACGUAAUUUAAAAUCUCGUGGAAAGUGUAUUAAAAUCGAAUAAAAGUUAAAAUGCAGAAUU